UAAAUCUGUUGAGAGAAGGAAAAGAAAAAGAGAGGAAAAAUGGCAGGAUCAGGACCAGACCCACUGUUCGGAUUAAGGAACAACUUCUACAUAGGUGCUUACCAAGCCGCUAUUAACAACAGUGAUGUCCCUAAUCUCUCUCAAGACGACGCCGUUGAACGAGACACUCUUGUUUACCGAUCUUAUAUUGCCCUUGGCAGUUAUCAGCUUGUGAUCAAUGAGAUCGAUGCAUCAGCAGCUACUCCUCUACAGGCUGUCAAACUGCUCGCUUUGUACCUUGCUAGCCCUGAUAAUAAGGAAACAGCAAUCGCCGGUCUACAUGAAUUAUUAGGAGAUCCCGCCAUAGGAAGCAACCCUAUAUUAAGGCUUAUUGCUGGGAUCGUGUUCAUGCAUGAGCAGGAUUACAAUGAAGCUCUGAAACACACAAAUGCUGGUGGAACAAUGGAAUUGCAUGCUUUGAAUGUCCAGAUACUCAUUAAGAUGCAUCGGUCGGAUUAUGCAGAGAAACAGUUGAGAAUCAUGCAGCAAGUUGAUGAAGAUCAUACACUAACUCAACUUGCAAAUGCAUGGUUAAACUUGGCAGUGGGCGGAUCAAAAAUACAAGAAGCAUAUCUUAUAUUCCAAGACUUCUCUGAGAAGUAUCAGAUGACUAGCUUAAUCCUGAAUGGGAAGGCUGUUUGUUGCAUGCACAUGGGUAACUUUGACGAAGCUGAGACGCUGUUGCUUGAAGCCUUAAACAAGGACGCUAAGGAUCCAGAAACACUGGCCAAUCUGGUUGUCUGCAGUCUUCACCUUGGGAAACCAUGCACACGCUACCUCAACCAGUUAAAAUUGUCGAACCCAGACCACAUACUUGUCAAGCGCGCGACAUCUGCUGAAGAAAGUUUUGAUAGAGCAGUCCAAACUGUUGCUUGAAGAAAGAUUGCUACAUGUUGCCUUAUUUUCCCUACUAAAGAGUUCAACAAGCAAAUGCGGAAGCUAUCUUUUGUAGUGUUAUUUCAGUUGCUUGUUCAUUUGGUUAUUCUCGUUGGACAAUUUAAAGAUUGGCGUGUCAAUGUAAAAAUUUUACCUGCACCUUUUAUAAUUAGUGUUUUGGCCGGUGAUUGAUAAGAUCAACCAAA